AUGGCAAUAAAUCCACCCGUGCCACUAUGGACACCUCCCGACCCAGAAGCCACUCCGAUGGCCAGAUACCGGCAGCACGUCAACUCCAAGUUUUCCCAGAAUCUCAAAGAUUCGCAUCAACUGCAUAAGUGGACGGUUUCAAAUCGACAUGAAUUCUGGAUAGACCUCUAUGAAUACUGUGGCAUCACCCCAGCUCUGCCAAAGCAUACCAAGCUCGCAUACGACCCAAGUCUGCGGCUUCGCGACAUCCCCACAUUCUUUCCAGGGCACAAGCUCAACUAUGCUGAGAACGUCCUCGUUCCCAAUACAGCGGCAAACCCGGAUGCUCUUGCGUUGGUGGGCUUGCGCGAGGGUGGGCUCGACAACCCGGAGAACAUCACCUGGGCCGAAUUAACGGAACUCGUCAGGCUGGCACGAUCGGCGCUGGUUCGUCAAGGGAUCAAAAAGAACGACAUCGUUGCGGCACUCAUGGCCAACUCAAUUUGGAUCAUCGUUCUUUUCCUGGCCUCUUCGUCCAUCGGUGCUAUUUUCUCAUCCGUGUCUCCAGACAUGGGUGUAUCCGGGUGCGUCAGCCGCUUUGCGCAAGUCUCCCCAAAGCUUCUCUUUGCAGAUGUGGAUCUAGCCAUAAGAGGUGUACGCCCUGGCAUGAUGACCAAGGUCUUGCAAAUCCUGAAGGCUCUCCCUGCCAAAACACCGAAACCACAGGUUGUGUGUGUGCCAACCUCACAUUGUCCCCAUUUACAGCACAAUCUGGAAUAUAUCAAACCUCUAGGGAUUUCCCUCAACACAUUCCUGUUGAAGUCCAGACCGACUGACAAGCUGGUCUACGCACGUCUUCCAACAGAUCAUCCACUGGUCAUAGUUUACUCGAGUGGCACAACGGGAGAGCCGAAAUGCAUUGUAUCUCCACAUAUCUCGAUACUGAACUACAAGAAGAUCGCACUGCUCCACAACUCGUUAAGCCCUGAUAGCACGGUCUUCCAGUACUCAUCCACGUCAUGGAUUCUCUGGAACGUCAUGAACGGGCACCUCUCUGUCGGCGCCAAGGUCAUCUGCUACGACGGUGGCGCUCUCUAUCCCGACCCAUCGACGAUGCUGCGUAUCUGUGACAAGUUCAAGGCCACCUAUUGGGGCACAAGCCCCCGGUACCUCCUCGAGCUCGAACAGUCCUGCGUCAAACCAUCGUCCUUCGACCUCUCCCACCUCCGCCUCGUAACCACGACCGGCGCAACCCUCACAGGCGAGCAAUUCCAAUGGUUCUACAGCGCAUUCCCCACCCAAAUUCACCUCUCCUCCGUUGCCGGCGGCACCGAUAUCGCAAGCUCAUGGGUCGCAACCAACCCCGCGGGGCCUGUUUACGUCAAUGAGAUGCAGAUGUGGGCGCUAGGCCACGACUGCGACAUUCUCGACACGACGACCGGCGAAUCCAUCGCCGCGACCGGGGAGCCGGGCGAGCUGGUCUGUCGCAACACCUUCCCCUCGAUGCCGUGCCGGUUCUGGGGCGACGCCGGCCACCAGAAAUACCGCGAAGCGUAUUUCGAAAAGUUCUGGAUCAAGGACCCGCAGACGGGGAAAGAGGAUUGGCUGGACGUCUGGGCGCAGCACGACUUCAUCCUGAUGAACCCAACGACGCGCGGCGUGCAGAUCCUGGGGCGGUCGGACGGCGUGCUGAACCCGAGCGGCAUCCGCUUCGGCUCGUCCGAGGUCUACAACAUCGUCGAAGGGCCAGCGUUCAACGCCGUGCUCGCGGACACGUUGUGUGUGGGUCGCCGCCGGAAACACGACAAGGAUGAGACGGUGUUCCUGUUCGUGAUCAUGGCGCAGGGCCACGAGGGCGACUUUGAUGACGCUUUAAUCGCGAGGAUCAAGGCCGCCGUGCGUGACGGCCUGAGUGCCCGCCAUGUGCCGAAGUUCGUCUUCCGCGUGAAUGAGAUCCCCUAUACUAUCAAUGGGAAAAAGGUCGAGAUCGCUGUCAAGAAGGUCAUUUCGGGUCUCGAUAUCAAGGUUAGUUCCACGGUGAGGAACCCGGCCUGUUUGAAGGACUUUGAACGCUUUAGAUGCGUUGAGAGAGAGCCUCGUGCUGAAAGGCUGUGA